UUUUCCCGUUUGCGCAUUAACGUUAAAACGCAACGUAACGUGUAAUGUUAUAGCAUAUAUGUGAAAUAAUAGUUUCGUAUAUAUCCGCAGUGCGAAAGAGUGUAAAUAAAACGAAAACAAUAGUAUUUUGUUCCGGAAAUAAUCUAUUACAUUAUUGAAUACAAGCAAUAUUAAACUACGUUGUACCUUUCUGGUUAUAUUUGUUUGAUUUAAUCGUUUCAACUACGUUUGAUACAGUAAAAUCUUACAAGCGAAGAUGAUUCAACCUGAUUAUCCUUCCACUAUCGGCCUACUGGCUCAUCUGAACUCGGAUGAGUUGAAAGAAAUGUUAAAUGAUGAUACAAAAUUCGAUACUGUGCUAAAAGACGUAAAACAGGUUAAAGAUUGGGACACAGAAAAGGAGAUGAUCAUAGCUAGUAACAGAUCACUAGCAGAAUUCAACUUAAGCAAGGAACCAGAUUUAGAACAAUUGAAAGCUCAAGUGCAAGAAAAAUCUGAACUAGGAGAGCAACUAUGCAGUCGCAUACAGGAGCUACUAAAUGAAUACAAAUCAAAGUCAGCAGGAAUAUCACCAGACACUACAUUAGCACUAUUGCAAACAGCUUCAGCCGAAGCUGAAGAACAAUCAGAAAACAUAGCACAAGAUUUCCUUGCAGGAAAAAUAGAUGUUGAUAAGUUCCUUGAAGAUUUUGAACUAAAUCGAAAAAUUAUGCACCUAAGGAAAUUUAAAUCAGAAAAAAUGAGUGAACUGUUGAGGAUUGGUGGCCAAAGUUCCUAUGGUAAUGGAAUAUCUAAGCCAUUUUUACCAUAUCCAAGUUAUGGUAACCCACAGCAAAUGUCAAACGUUCCAUAUCCUGUAGGCCCAUUAAAUAUGCCAAUGCCAGGUAUGUAUGGCAACCACUUUUGAAAUGAUUAGUCUACGAAUACAUUCUAGUGUUAUAAAAUAAAAGAAAUAGUCAACUAUUAGCAUCAUAAGCUGAGUGAAAGUAGCCAGAUGGUCGAUAAUGAAUGCUAAACCUAACAACUAAAUAACAGGGAUAACAUUUGUGUUAUUUGAUUUUGUCUUAGUAUAGUUAAUAUUAUAUUACAUAAAUGUUUAAAAUUUCUAUAGUUGUUAUCAAUGACUAUUUAAAUAUAAAUAAAAGUGGAAUACAGAAGUGACCAGUGUAAGAAACUGGAUUAUGAAUCAAAUUACUCCAAAGUUCCAACUUUAUGUAUUUUUAAGUUCUUUUAAUCUCAUUUUUACAAAGUAUAACAAAAUAUAUAAAUGAUAUUGCUUUCUUUUAGUUUAUUAAUAGUAAAAUACACUGCAUUCUGUAGUAAUAAAUAACAUAUAGGUACAUAAGAUUAAUAAAUAUAAUAUAUUCACCUCUAGAAUGACAAAAUGAAAUGAAUUUUUAAUGUGCACUUCUAUUUUUAAAAAUUCAUUAUCUUUUUAAAUUAAAAAACAAAUUUAAAUAAUUAUAUUCAUAUAGUAUAUUAUAAAGCUGGAUAAUUUAUAUGGUACAUUACAUUAUGGUCAGAAACUUCCGGCCUGAUUUAAAUAAUUAGUUGGCACAAGUUAUUUAAUUCAUUAAAAAGGGUAAAAUUAUGCAACUUUACAUAACUAGUGCCGAAACAGUUACUUUUAAUGUCAACCAAUCUACUAAACUAUAGUAAAUUAACGUGUUUGAAACAGCAAUCGAUAAUUCAAAUUAGAUGAGGUUGAAACCACAGACACAACUAGUAUAUUGUAUACAACAAUUACCCUCAAGCCAGGUUAAAUUAUAGGUUACUUAGAUAACUCUAUGAUAAUAUUCAAAUAGAUAUGUUAAUUAAUUGAAAUUAAAUAAAUUUUCUAGUAUUGAAUAAAAUUUGAAUACAUAUUGCUUUUUGUAAUAGUGUGUAAAUUUCCCAAUGCUUGGCUAAGUCCUCUUUUUUUGGAGAAAGUUUGGAGCGUAUUCCACCACGUUGCACCAAUGCAGGUUGGUGGAAUAAAAAUUGUAAUAGGGAUUACACAAAUUAAAAAAUAUUUAAUUGUCAAUUGAUUUUAAGGAAUACAUUCUGAACUAUCCGCUUGAUGUUGGUGCUUGUAGAUAAAAUGUGAUUAUGUUUUAUUGUAGGUUAUAAUGUUGUAGUUUGAUUAACAAAAAAAGAAAAAUAUAUAGAAAAGUAAGUUCAAAGAAUAUGUCAUCUUAAUGCAUACAAUAUGUGUUUGAAAUAUAUAUUAUGUAUAUACUAUGAAUGCAUAUUCAUAUUUUAUUUUCUGAUCUAAAUAUAUAAGUACAUAUAAAUUUAUCAAGAAAACUGGUGUUUC